CUGAUUACGAUUCAGAGUAGCGGUGGACUCCGGAUAGAGAGCGGCACCGCGUAUCCGCGCGUUUUUGCACCGUUCGGCUCUCCUCUCCUUUGACGUGGAUCGACAGCCUACGUGAUCCAUCCUUGCUCGCUCCAACCUUUGUAUCGUAUCUCUCUCUUCAUAUCUUUGUCUUCCUUCGUUCCUCGAUUUCGAGUUCAUCGAAACGAAUCUCUCUGCAAAUCACGGAAGAACAGGGAGGUCUUUGUCGGACUGAAAAUCGAACGAGGUGCAUGCAAGGCGCGUACACACGAAUACAAGAAUACGCGAAUACGCGAGGAGUACAAAGGUUCACGUUUGAAGCAACAGAGCGAAAGAGCCCUGGGGCGAACUAUCAUUCAGCGAGGAAAACACCACGAGAUCGAUAGUGUUGUGGCAACCACGUUGAAGACCACCACCCUGCCAAGUGUGGUACUCUGUCGAGAACUACACAGUGGAACUACGUGGAAACGGUGGAGAUAUCGAGAGUCGAGAGAUAUCGUUUUUUUUCGCGAUUAACAAAAUUAUAACGCCAGAAGUAACGCGUCGCGCGCGAGAACCCGAUAGCUCGUAUACGCGAGACGAUUUAUCUAAAACAAGAGGAAAUAAUUGAAAUUGAAAGUACCUAUCAUCGUCUGACAUCGUUCGACGUUGCAAUUCUCAACGGCGACGAUACGACACGGGGUGUACCCUAGAAAAGCACGUGCAACGUGUGUAUUCAGUGUUUUUCUGGGGGGAGGGGGCACUGUAAAAAAAAAGCGAGCACUGCGACGCUGUAUAGAAAAUCGCGUUGAUCCAUUCCCUAGCGGAAAUUCAGCUUAACGGUGACACGAGUUGGAUCGAAAGCAGCGUCGGUCGAAAAUAUGACGAGGUGGAUCGAGAUUGUUUCACGACAGCGAAGAGUCGACGUCUACCUGAUGGUGAUAGCGUUCCUCGUUUUGUACACGGAUACAGAAGCGGCACCGACCGAUGUCGUCAUCAGUGACACCACUGCCGCUAAUUAUCUGGCGCAAUACGGAUAUUUACCGCCGACAAAUCCGGAAAGUGGUGCUUUUUUAAGCGAGGAUAAGCUGACGGCGGCGAUCGAAGAAUUCCAGGCGUUUGCCGGUCUUAACAUAACAGGCGAAUUGAAUGAAGAGACCGUUAAGCUUAUGGCUACACCAAGAUGCGGUGUUAAAGAUAAAGUUGGGCCAGCUGCCGAUGGAAGAUCGAAGAGAUACGCUCUUCAAGGAUCUAGAUGGCGUACGAAGAGCCUGACGUACAAAAUUAGCAAGUAUCCAACUGGUAUAAACAAACAGGAAGUGGAUAAAGAAAUCGCGAACGCAUUCAGCGUUUGGUCGGGUGAAACUGAUCUGACAUUUACCCGCAAAACAGGACAUGAAAAUGUUCACAUCGAAAUCAGAUUCGAGGUAGGCGAGCACGGCGACGGUGAUCCUUUCGAUGGACCUGGCGGCACCUUGGCGCACGCGUAUUUUCCCGUGUACGGUGGUGAUGCUCAUUUCGACGACGCUGAACGAUGGACCAUCAAAAGCUAUCGCGGUACCAAUCUCUUUCAAGUCGCGGCUCAUGAAUUCGGGCACUCGCUCGGCUUAAGUCACAGCGAUGUCAAGAGUGCCCUAAUGGCACCUUUUUACCGCGGCUACGAUCCACACUUUAUCCUGGAUCAGGACGAUGUCAGCGCGAUUCAGGCUCUAUAUGGAACGAAGAGCACGUCGCGAGGAUCGCGACCUUUGCCGCCUGCCGAAGAAGAUCCUGAACUGUGUAAAGAUCCCAAGGUCGACGCGAUGUUCAACACAAAAGACGGCGAGAUAAUUGCGUUCAAAGGAAAACAUUACUGGAAAUUAACGGACAACGGUGUGGCCAGCGGCUAUCCUAGACGUAUUAGCAGCACGUGGAAGGAGCUUCCAUCAAAUAUAGACGCUGCAUUUACAUACAGGAAUGGCAAGACUUACUUCUUCAAGGGCACGCAGUACUGGAGGUAUAUUAAUACGACCAUAGACGGUGACUAUCCGAAGGAAAUUAGCGAUGGUUUCACCGGUAUUCCCGAUAACAUCGAUGCGGCUACCGUAUGGACCGGAAACGGCAAGAUUUACUUCUACAAAGGCGCGAAAUUCUGGCGCUUUGAUCCAGCGUCGAAGCCACCGGUGAGAAAUAACUAUCCUAAGCUCAUUCAAAAUUGGGAAGGCAUACCGAAUCACGUCAACGCAGCAGUGACCUACAAGGGCUACACGUACUUCUUCCAAGAUAACGCCUACUAUCGAUUUAACGACCGAAUGUUCAAGGUGGACGACGCUAAUCCCGCCUUCCCAAGAUCGACAGCGUACUGGUGGUUCGGGUGCAAGUCCGCUAACAGAGGGACACUAGGUAAUGAUCACUGGCCAUUCGCAUUUGCCAGUAACCUGGACGUGGCUGAUACUGAUAGACUCGACGAUUACGGUAGUCUUGACAGCGUUGGCGACAUCAUUCUAGACGCAGGAGGAACCGACGAGCUCGUCACAUCAUCGAAUCACGAUCACGAUCACGGAAACUCUGGGGCAUCCGCGAGUUUGUUACAUCCGUCGGGAAGGACGUUGCAGCUUCUGCUCAGCAUCGCGACAGGGAUCAUCGCGAGGUUCGUCGUGGCUACGUAAAGACAUAUCCACGUCGCCCCGAUCGAUUUUCCUUUUCUACUGUGAACGUGUCUGUGAUUGGCCGCUUCGAACUUCGAACGCAGAUCCUGCCGAUUAAAACCGUUGUCGUUGACGCGCGGCGCAGCGUCUUCAGGAACCUGCCUGCGCUCCCGAUAAUUAUAUAAUUUAUAAUAAAUAGAUAGCUAGGAAAUUUUCGACGACCAAUAUUUUCGUCGCAAUUAAACUGAUGUUGAGCCGCGUGCUUGCGCAAAAAGCGAAAGCGCAGCGCGGCUGUAACAAGUAUUUUUGAAUUUGCACACAUUUUUUAUAAAUGCAAGCGCAAAAAAAUAUGUGCGUGUGCGUGAUACAUACAUACACGCGCGCGCGCACACACACACACACGCACGAUACCAUUAUGCUACCUUUGAAUGAUGUUUCACGCGCAGUAACGUAACGUAGAACGUUUUACACUGCCUGUUUAUUCGCGUGUCCAUCAUUUGCAAAGAACUUUAAACGUCAAAGGCACUUAUACUGAUUCCUUGAGAUCCGACCGUUCGAUUAGAUCGCGAAAUGUAUAAAGGAUAUUAGGAUAUUGCGACAUGACAACUAAUAAUUAAUAAAGCAAUAAUCGGAUUCUUUACUGACAAUAUUGUAAGUAAAAAAUAUGUAUUUGUUGAUUAAUGAAAGUAUUAUAUGCGUGAAUAUUAUAGACUCUCCUAUACUUAUGUAAUGUAAAAAAUGCUACUAUAUUCCAUAUAACACUAAGCAAUUAUAGCCUAUGUGUAUAUUAUUUUUAUUCAAUGUCUUUUUGUUCAAUUUCAUUUGCAUGCGCGAACCAUUUAUAUGUAUAUAAAUAUCUAGUGCUAGUAUCAUGGUGCGUUGCGAUUAUACUAAAGUGACUAUUAUCUAAUGCGCAAGUGCCUUAGAAAAUAUUUUUGUAAUUUAUACAACUCUCCAAAAGGAAUUGUAAAUGCCAGGUCUGUUCAAGCGCAACUUUUUCUAUACGUCAACGUCGCUUCAAACCAUACGUUUAAUUUCGCUUCCAUUAUCGAGUAUGUUUGAAGAGAAUUCUUGUGUCGUUUUAUAUAAACAUUUCUUUCUCGCGGUUUCUUCUAACGGUAGCCUGUUGUAGUUUUAUAUAUAACUAUAUUAUUACAACUGUAUGCAAAUUGUCAGACUGAUCUCUGACAUUAAUGGUGCUGUAUGUAUGAGAAUUUAUACAUCUAUACAGUUCUUAUGAAUUAAGUACCCCUUUUUCUUUUCUAGAUUUUACAAAAUAAAAGUGCACUUUGACACGCGUUUAACACAAAAACAUACACCAAUCGUUUUGGUAAGAAAAGAAAGAUUAUACACGUGAAAACUAUCUUCGAUCAGUAUUCCUGUGUUCAGUAUUGACAAAUGUUAAAACAGCUCUAAUAAUUGUGUGUCUCAUAUAUUUCCUUAUAUUUCAAAAAGUAUCUUAAUGUCUAAUAAUACGAAUGUUUGACCAGUACUUAAUUGUUAAAAAUUAUACUUAGCCUUUAAGUAUUAUCAGAGUACAAAAAGAAAGGCUUUGUACUUUUCAUCAGUAUUCGUUGAAUAAAAGAAUUUCUGUACAACACGAACGUAACUUUUUUAUUACACAAUCUUGUUUUUAACUGUUUAAAUGAUUGGUUGUUGUUUAAGGCAGCUUGAAUAUUACCAUCUAAUAUACAUAAAUUUAAUUGUGCAAUGCCUUUCUUUGUGUUGCUACUGACAUUAGGGUAUUAAUAAUUCAUAUUGAAACUUGCCACGCUAUUGUGUCGUGCCUUGAACAAAAUCUCUAUUGUAUUAUAUUUUUCAUCGUCAUACAAAUAAUAUUAAUAAAUACAUAUGUUUAUUUUAA